UACUACUUACAUACCGCUGGUAUCAAGUACUGGGGCGUCAGUGGCGAAGAUGGCUUCCUCAGAUAAGGUACGACGACUUGUGAUACGUCUCAUAUUUUGUAGCUUUUCUCUUGACAGAUAAAUGUUUUCUGCGUUUCAGCAAUUCCUCCUGACGGGAGCACAGGUUGACGGUAUGUUAUGCUUGUUUCUUCAAUUAUUUUACCCAUUGAUUUGUCUUGUAAGUUGUCAUGUUCACUUAAAGUCAGCUGAAAUAAUAUGUUUGAUGCAUUCUUUCACGGAAUUAAGUACAGAAUGUACGGCUUUACAUGUUUUAUUAGAGCUGCUUAAAUCACGUCGUUGACAAAGGAGCAAGUAGGUGAAAUUAUUAGAUGUUGCUUGUUGUCUUUCUUUCAUAAUUGUCAAAAAGUCAGAAUUGCUACCCAGAUAUAUCUUUCAAAGUUUACGUAAAGUGAAAUGAAUAUUCACUCUCGGCUGUUGUUGUUUGAAAGCUCAUGUAAUUCUUUAUUGUUUAAUGGUCUUUAAAAUUUCAUGAUGCCAUAUCAUCAGACGAUUGGUCGUUGUCUUAAAACAAACUCAUUGUUUUGUUUUGCGUGCAUUUUCGUUUUCACGGACAGUCGAUUGUUAGAACUAGACGCCCAAACGCGUGACUUAGAAACAACUCGUGAAUUUUGUCAAAAGGAUAUCCAGCUUAACCGAAUUCUCCUAUGGCCUCUUCGUUUCCGGACAAGUCGACCUUUCGUGACUGUGAGUAUCAUAAACGCCCAGACAUUCAUACAUGUGCUUUUGGGAGAGUGAUCACUCUUAAUUUUUCACGCAAGGAGAGAAAAGAACGAUAAAGGAGUUUUGUUUUUCGCGAUCUUUCAUUGCGUUCUGCACGCGUGAAAAACUGUCAAAAAUUUUGCCCAGUCGAGACUGAAUUUUUUCGGUUUUUCGAUGUGGGUGGUUUUGUGGGAUUUUUCCUGUAUUAUUUAGAAUUUUAAUUUAAACAAAACGGGAUUGUCAAAGUUAUCGGUCUACAACUUGAGUACAUUUAUAUAGUGAGUUAAAAUUAUUCUUUUAAUUUAGCUUAAUGUUUUUUUCCAAAUCGUGCCAGUAUAGAAACUAAGUUUUCCGUACAAGCGUGAUCUUGGUUUCUUAAACUUAUUUGAUUAGACCCUUUUAAAUCUGUACAGUUCAGAGUGUGAUUCAAACAACUUUACCAAAGGGUGUGUCACAACAUGUCACCUGCCACAAGUUUGUGCUGGUUAAUCUGCUUAUUAUGAGAUACAGGGUAAAUUUUUCAAUAUUCUUUUAAAACAUUAGUUUUGGUUAGUUUUUAAAUACACUGUACGUCUAAAAGACUUAUUUGGUUUCCGUUUUGUUGAUAUUAAGUAAGAAUAGCUUUUUCAAUUUUUUAAAUUCAUAUCUAGCCAAAUUUAUGAAAACUGCACCAGCUGGUAACUCUAGAUAAAGGGGCCAAUAUUUUAAAGAAAUUCAGCUCUAACCCAUAAUCCCUCUAAGGUGACUCUCUUCUUGGUUCCUGAUUAGUGAAGAAAUAUUCAAGUCUACUAAAAAGAAAAUGUCAACAUGGCCAUCUCUAGCUGCUUUAAGGCCCCAUAAGACAGAGGCAGCUUAAGACUUAAGCUAGCCCUAUUCUGGGCUUUUUUCAGGCCAGUUUUCAAAAAUUCAGCUAGAUGUAUAUAUUCAUAAUUUUAAUGUUUACUAUGUGGUAAAAGCUGCAGUAAAUCUAGUUGCUAAACCACCCUUUUAAAAAAUGGAGUAAUAUUGUUUUCAUCAUAAUUCAAAGAAUAUAAUUCCUGUUACAUGUAGCAACAAAAUCAGUUUUGUGACACCGUCUUAGCUCCAAAACUGUUAUCAUUUGUGAAAAAACUUUUACAUAGAAAGUAAAGCAAAAUGCUUUUUUGGGUUAAGUUUUUAGGUUCUGGUAUGAUCUAGUUCUUGAAUAAUGACAUUAAAGUACAAUAUUUGUCAAAGUGUAUUAACUUUUCAUUUUAGUUAUUUCUUGUUUGUAGUUUGGUUUUCUGCUCUUACUGUAUCUAUAAUCAUAUGUAGAAGUAACUUGGAAAUUGUAGCAAGUUAGGUUUUUUUAGUUACAUUGUAAAUUAAGGAUGAUUACCCCUGAUUUUUGUCAGUCUAUCCUAAACCUUUCACUUCCUGUGGUGUGAUCUGUAUAAAAUUAGAAGAAUGCAAUGAUAACAAGUUAUUUUGUUAAACUAGCUUUUAUUUUAUUUUCUUCAAUUCUAAAUUAAGUGAAUGUUUAGUUCUAAAGUAAAAAAAAAUGAGUGAAGUUAAAUAGCUGAUCAAUUGAGUAAAGCUGACACUAUUUAGAUGUUGAUUUUGUCACUUGACCAUAGACUCACCCAGAGUACUUUGUCGUGUUUGGAGUGAGCUGAGAUUUCAUAAUGAUCAUCGGAAAUAAUCAGAUUGACCCCUAUCUGAUCAUGGUCCAUUUAAGGUCACUUUCCAUCUGUCAAAAUUGACCAGCCAGACCAUUCCUGUUAUACUGAGAACUUCACAUUUAAUCAAAACUAUCCAACCAGAUCAGUCAAAUCCUAAAUAGCAAGCAUGAAGCAAAUAGUUUCUAGCAAAAGAUAUAAUUCUUGGAAAUUAAAGCCAGCUAUUUCACUUUUAAAAUGACUGGUCCGGCCUUGAUUUGGCCGGCCAGUUCUGACUUUUGAGAAGUACGCUCAGAUUGCCACUGUACUGUUUUAGAACGUGACAACAACAUGCGAAAUGAAUCAGAAGAGGAACAUCAGUGGAUUCAACCCUCCUCACCUUAGAGUUCCAUUAGCUCAGCGAUCAGACCGUCAGCUCUAAACCUAGGAGGGUCAUGAGUUUGAUUCUCAGUUUGAACUCAGAAUUUUUCUGUGCUUUUGGGUCAACAAAUUCUCUUCCUUUUUUAUUAUGAGUCUAUUAAAAAGACAACACACAAGAUUUUAAUAUAUAUAUAUUUUUUUGCCAACAAGAAUUUAUUUUCCUGCGAUAAUGGAUUGAGCAUUCUCCAUAAGCAAUUAUGACGUCACUUUAUGAAUACAGAUUUUCAAUAAUGUUUGAUUUCAAUAAUUGUAAUCAAUUAUUGAUGAUCAGCACACCACCAGUACUUUGCACUCCAUUUUCGAAGUCACUUCUCUUCAGCAAUAGUUUUGAUCUUAAACAGAAUGUCAAAAGCUGCUUUAUUUGAGUCUAACAUGUGCUAAAAUAUUGUUUGCACUUAUUUUUGUAAUAAUUACUAUCUUUUUCCCUGUUUGUCAGUAUUGUCCUUUAUUUCACUUAAAUGCACUUCCAACUUUGAUUAUGAUAACAACAAUAAAAAUAUCUGCUUUGAUUUCCAGCCUUAUCAAAGGUGUUCAAGUUUGCAGAUGUCGAAGAGACUGGAUAUGUUGACGUGGCAACAAUUUCAACUCUUGCUGUUCAGCUGUUGGGAGCACAGCUCAGUGAGAGUGAGAAGGAUACAAUUAACAACAAAGCUGAAAACAAGGCUGAAAAAGGUCAGAUCAGUAACUUCAUCUUUUAUUUGAAAUCUACUUUAGUGAUAACUCUUAAGUUACUUCUCACUUCUAAUGUCAUAGAAGGGGGAUGAGAAAGUUUCUAUGUUGUACAUGUAUCAUUUGAAGUAAAUUUUAUUUUCUGACUUUUUGUUUUGUAGGGCUCCUGUCUUACCAGAACUUUAUAGAAAUCAUGAUGGAGACGAUGCAAGCAAUGACCCACUGGGGCAAGUUAAAGACAGUUUUAGAAGGUUAUGUUGGUUUUGACACAGUGCAGGAGCAGAUUCGCAAAAAGUCACUCAAACGUGGAUUUGAAUUUAACCUUAUGGUGGUUGGUAAGUUAUUGUUACUAUUUUAAUGACAUCACAUGCUGAAAGCAUCACAAUGAAUCAAUCCACUCUCCUGGGGUCCAUUAUUCCACUUGAGUUUAGAACAUUUUGAUGUCAUUUCUAUGGUCUAUAUAUAUAUUAUACAUGUACAUGUAUAGCACAUAGAUCAUAGAUAAUUGUUGUCUAUUAAUUUUGUUAAUUUCAAUCAAUUUUUCAAAUAAGGCGCACCUAAAGCAAGUGGUGACCACACCCCUAAGCCCCCUUUAUGUACAGCGUAUUUAGGGUAUUGGUGUUUGUUGCAACCCAGCAUUGUAACAAAAUUUGCAGCUACUUAAACAGCAACACAGAGGUGAAAAAUGAGCAGGCAUAAAAAUUAUUAUCAGCAAUAAACAGGAGUCUGAGUGUAGUUUUUCUAAGAAGAAUCAUUUAAAUUAAGGAUAAGGGACAAAAUUAUAUAUUUUUAUGUGACACUGAAUUCAAUCUGACAUUGCUUAAAUCAGUCAAUCAGGAUUGCGAAGAAUGAGACAAAAUUUAGUUGUUGUACACUUGAUUAUUGAUAAGAUGUAUUGUUUUUAAGGUGCUACUGGUCUUGGCAAGUCAACUAUGGUGAACACUUUGUUUAAAGGGCGUUUGAGCAGAAUGUCAUCAACUGGGACAGCUGCCACCAUCCCUAAGACAGUGGAAGUCAAGUCAGUUAGUCAUGGUAUGAAUUUUCCAUUACAUUGCUGCUACAUGUACCGCACAUUACAAAGUGUUACAAAUGUAUGUUCACUGUAGGUCGCAGGAGGGACUGGAUGUAUGGCUGCCCUGAUCUGUGAUGCAGGCUGAGAAUGAGAAGUCUUUGCAUGGAGUGUAGCUAAAUGUCAUGGGUCGUGGGUGUGGGUGUGGGUGUAGGUAUGUGUGGGUGAAUGUUAUGGGUAAAAAAAAGUUUUCCAAAAAAAUGAAAAAUUAAAAAGAGGAAAAGUUGUAAAAUUCAUGAAACGGAAAUCUCCACGUACAUACCAUGAGUCUUAUUCUCCUUCCCCGCGGUCAGCAAAGCAAAUAAGCGAAUCCUUUAUAAGUACAAAUGGACACUAAAAAGGCAUUUAGGCGAGCGAAAAAUAAAGGAGAUUUUCGUUUCACAAAUAUUUUACAACUUUUUUCUAUUUAUUUUUUUUCAAUUACUUUACUUUAUCAUGUUUUUCUA